UGUGAUACGUGCAAUACAGAACUGAGAGGGCGCUGGUUUGAAGUUCUCGCGAUACCAGAGUUGAGUGUUUUGGUGACGAGGAGAUAUGGCGAAACUGCAGGAGAGAUCUGGGGACUGACAUAACGUUAAUGUGUCAGUAUUAUAACACGGAGUUCCAACGUUGUGGAGGAAAUUUUAAAACUUGAAGAUAGAACUCCCAACAGGAAUAUAAGGAUGACGUAACUGUUAUUCUUGUGAAGACUGCACACAUUUCUCUUUUGUUGUUUGCACUUUAUCGGUGUCACCUGCGUUUGAUAGAAGAGUUUACUGGUACCGUACGCUAGAUACAUUUGUAACUCUGGAGGAAAUACAGCCAGGCAAGGCUGUGACUGACAUCCUUACUGUGAGAUGGAAACAUAAACGGAAUCAGAAGAAACAGAUACUGUAAGAAGUGUUUGUGAAGUGAGUGAACUGUGAAGCAUAAAAAAGAAGUCUUCCCCUCGCCCCCUCCGUUCCUGGUUGUUGCAGUGCUACAUGAAUGAAGGUUGUUCGUGCUAUCUCAUCAUCCCACAGCUCCUGAAUUUUAAUCUUCCUUCACACUGAAGAAAUAAAGGGACAUUUAAUACAAUGAAUCUACACCAAGUACUUACAGGAGCUGUCAAUCCAGGAGAUAACUGUUUUGCAGUGGGAAACAUUAAUGACCAGCCUUUCACGGCUUAUGCAUCAGGAUGUGACAUUGUGAUUUUAGGUAGCAACUUUGAAAGGCUACAGAUCAUCCCUGGGGCUAAACAUGGAAACAUUCUGGUCGGCUGUGUAGACUGUUCCAUGCAGCAGGGCAAGAUUGCAGCAUCAUAUGGGAACGUGGUUUGCAUCUUUGAGCCUGUGCAACUCUUAAAUCAGAAGAAUACAAAUUCAUCAAGAUUAAACUAUCAAUGGCAGAGGAGUGGCCAAUUUGUAUUGCAGUCUAUAGUGCAUAAUCUAGCAUGGGACCCAACAGGAACACAUCUCCUGACAGGGUCAAAUAGUUUACAGCUCUGGUCCAAUGUUGGCUUAGGAUCAUGUAUCAAAGAAGAGGAAAAACAGGAAAUGACCAUCAACAAUGGCCUUGGUGACUGGAAAUGCAUCUGGCUUUCCAAAACUGCAUCUUCAGUCCAUUUAAUGAAAUUUUCUCCAGAUGGUGAUUUUUUUGCUACAGCUGGAAAGGAUGACUGCCUGGUGAAGGUGUGGUACCAUACCAGCAGCUGGCAGUCUGGAGUGACAUCACUUAAUAGCCCUCCAGAGAAUGCAGCACAGGGAGAAGUGAACUACUCCUUUGUGUACCUGGCCCAUCCGCGCACAGUUACAGGGUUUUCAUGGAGGAAAACAAGUAAAUAUAUGCCACGGGGCUCUGUAUGUAAUGUCCUGGUCACUUGCUGCAAGGAUAGUGUCUGUCGGCUGUGGGCAGAGACAUUGUUGCCCAGUGACAGCUUGUUGUCUGGACAUGGCCACAGCCAAAGUAAUGACCCCGUUCCAGCAACAAGUGGUCUGAAAAGGCAUGCCCCCAACAAACAGCGUGUACAGAAUGCUUUGGAGCUCAACCUUAAGCAGUUCAGGAGAGGGAGGAGAUCUCCUGCCAUUGCUGCUCACACAGGCUAUCUGCCUCACCAACAAGACACCCAUGAGGCCCAUAGGAACAACUCAAGCCUACAUGCAAAUGCACUUUGUCACUUUCACAUAGCUGCUAGCAUCAACCCUGCAACAGACAUUCCGCUGCUUCCCUCCAUAACAUCCAUGAGCCUUGAUGAUGACGAUGAUGAAGACCAAAAUGGGCCCUUUGUAGUGCACUGGCUGAAUAACAAAGAGUUACACUUCACAUUGUCCAUGGAAGUGUUCUUACAGCAGCUACGAAAGAGUCUUGACCAGCAGUCUCCUGAGACCAGCACAGAGGAGACCCAUCAGCCAGAUGAAGAAGCAAUCUACAACAAGGAUGAACAGAAAGGAUCUUCAGGGAAGAGCGACUAUUCGAAUGCUGGCGCCUUGCCUUUACCUGCUGCCGCUAUUGAUCACGAGAUUGAAAUACUGCUUGCGGAGUGGAACAAGAAUGCAGACAUGAUGUUCAGUAUUCAUCCCAUGGAUGGUUCUUUAUUAGUAUGGCAUGUCGACUGGCUUGAUGAGUACCAGCCUGGCAUGUUUCGCCAAGUUCAGGUCUCAUUCGUCUCUAGAAUCCCAGUAGCAUUUCCAACUGGUGAUGCCAAUUCCCUAAGCAGAAGCAUAGUAAUGUACGCCGGCACCAAGAACGUGGACCUUGCUAUUCAGCAGGGCAAACAGAAGCCCCCUGGCAUGAUCCGCUCCUCUUCAAUGUUGAUAUCUUUUGGCAACAAUAAAUCUUCCAGCAGUCUAAAACUCAGUAUCUUCACUCCCAACGUUCUCAUGAUCUCAAAGCAUGCAGAUGGGUCUCUGAACCAGUGGGCUGUCAGCUUUGCAGAGGAGUCUGCCUUUUCUACAGUUCUGAGUGUUUCACACAAAUCUAGAUACUGUGGUCAUCGUUUUCACCUCAAUGAUUUGGCCUGCCACUCGGUGUUACCUUUGCUGCUAACAACGUCCCAUCACAAUGCACUCAGGACCCCAGAGGUGGACAGUAUGAAUGAUAACAAGGGUCUUGACAAUACGAUGCCCCGUGACCCACUUUCAAAGAGGCUUAGCAGAGUAUCUGUGGAUGCAACAUUCCAGGACCCCCAUGCGAUAUACAGUGAGCUGAUCCUUUGGAGAGUGGAUCCAGUUGGACCACUGUCAUUCUCCGGAGGAGUUUCAGAGCUAGCCAGGAUAAACUCACUGCACGUUUCUGCCUUCUCCAAUGUGGCCUGGCUCCCUACAUUGAUCCCUAGCAAUUGUUUAGGUGCUUACAGUAACUCUCCAUCUGCCUGCUUUGUUGCAAGUGAUGGACAUUCACUGAGGUUAUACCAGGCUGUCAUUGAAGCCAAAAAGCUGUUAAGUGAGCUCUCUAACCCAGACAUUUCAAAAUAUGUUGGCGAGGUUUUUAACAUCGUAAGUCAACAAUCAACUGCAAGGCCAGGAUGCAUAAUAGAACUAGAUGCCAUCACAGAUCUUCAUGGGAGAGAAACGCAGCUCCUCCAUGUCUAUGAAGAAGACUUUAUCUUGGGUAAAAAGAUGAAAGGAGAUGGGAUUCAAGAAACUGAGGAAAGCACGCCGUCUGAAACUGGUUCCCAGAAGGGAUUCUCUCAGAAGUUCUACUUGGUUGUUAUUGAAUACACUCAGAGUGGAUGCUCUUUACUACACAUGUGGCACCUGCACCUGAAGUCAGUCCAGAUCACUGCAGAUGACCAACAUGACAAAACUGAGCCUGAAUCUCUCCUGACCCCACAAGAUGGCCAGAAUAGCUUAUCUCCCGAAAAGUCCUCUUCUCCCCUCUCUCAAAAGUACAAGACUAACUUACAUAGUGCCAGCAGGCUAACUCUCAUCUCAGAAAGAGUUUACAGUCAAGAAAUGAAGCUGCCAGAUGGAGUGGAAAUUAUUCGAGCUACACCUUCAGCAGGACACCUGAGUUCCUGUUCCAUACAUCCAACAGGCCUUGCACCCUAUCUUUUGGCCACUUCUUGUUCUGAUGGAAAAGUUCGCUUCUGGAGGUGCAGAGUUGACCCUGAGUCCUUAUAUUCCAAAGCAGAGGACAGUGGACAGUGCAGCUAUACGUACAUUUGGGAAGAGUGGCCACUGCUGAUUGAGGAUGGUUUUCUAAGCAGUAGUACAGUAACUGUGAUGGGAAGACCGAUUGAGGUCAGCUGUUGCAACACAAGCCGCAUAGCAGUGGCAUACAAACAGACGUCCUCUCAGUACUGCGGCAAAGACUUUACAAUGCACGUGGGUAUUUUUGAAUGUGAAUCUACUGGUGGGUCACAGUGGAUCCUUGAACAGACACUUAGCCUUGAUGAACCAAGCACAAUGCUGGACCCCAGAAUAAGCAUUGAUAGUAAUUUAACAGUUUAUAACAAACAAGAUGUGUAUUUGUCAAGUGACAUCCAUGUGAUGCCCAGUGCCAAGCAUCUGAUUAACUUAGACUGGGUUUCAAGAGAAGAUGGAUCACACAUUUUAACAGUGGGGAUUGGCUCCAAACUCCUGAUGUAUGGACAGCUCUCUGGCAAAAUGCCAGAGAAAGGCAGUAAAGAAGGGCCUGCAGCUUCAGCUUUGCCUUUAUGGGAGGGAGCAAAAGACCAUUCUUACUCCAGAUUUGUACUUCUUCGGUCUGUAGAUCUUGUUGCCUCAUUUGAGGGAUCUCUUGCCUUGCCUGUUUCUCUUUCAUGGGUACGAGACGGUAUCCUUGUGGUUGGUAUGGACUGUGAAAUGCACGUUUAUUCUCAGUGGCAACCACCUGCCAAAUCGGAGCUAACAACUACAGAGAUUGACUGUGGUAGCACCACAUCAUUAAUAACUUCAAUAAGACAAGGUCAUGCCAAUGGAGUAAACCAAAAGCCUGCCAAGAAGACUCUGACAAGAUCAAUGACAAGCCUUGCUCAAAAGCUAAGUGGCAAGAAGACCAUGUAUGAUCUUCCUGAUGAGAUGGAAGACAAUGGCCUUUUUGAAGCAGCCCAUGACCUAUUCCCCACUUUACCUCAGUACCACCCUGUUCAGCUGAUGGAGCUGAUGGACUUGGGCAAGGUUCGUAGGGCCAAGGCCAUCCUCUCUCACUUGGUCAAGUGCAUUGCAGGAGAAGUAGUGGCUCUAAAGGACGACAGCACAAAUCAUGAACGGCGCCUCCGGUCUCUGUCAAUCAGUGCCAGCGGCAGUACAGCCAGGGACCCCAAAACAUUUAGCAAAACAGAAAACUCUGAUUACACAGAGAUUGACUCAAUUCCUCCACUCCCACUUUAUGCACUGCUAGCAGCAGAUGAGGAUACUUCUCAUAAGGCAAUAGAUAAGUCCACCAACUCCAUCUUAAGCAAGAAAAACCGUGAAGAAGGUGAUGAUUAUGAUGAGCUGUUCCAGACUCCUAGUCUGGGCACUGAUGACUUUGGACUCCUGGAUACUGAUGAAGAAGAUACAGAUGCAAAGGUCAUUGACCUUUCCCAGUACAGCCCCACCUACUUUGGCCCAGAGCAUGCUCAAGUUCUCUCCAGUCAUCUCUUGCAUUCCAGUCUACCUGGACUUACUCGAAUGGAGCAGAUGUCUUUAAUGGCUUUGGCUGAUACAAUUGCAACCACCAGUACUGAUGUUGGAGAAAGCAGAUACAAAAGUACAGGUGGUGAGACUCUUGAUGAAUGUGGUCUAAAGUUCAUUUUAGCCAUGCGGCUUCAUACCUUUCUUCUAACAUCUCUGCCCCCUGCCCAUCGAUCCCAGCUUCUUCACUAUGGCUUGUCUACUUGCCACUUUUCCUGGGCCUUCCAUUCUGAGGCAGAGGAGGAGCUGCUCAACAUGCUGCCUGCAAUGCAGAAGGGAAACCCUACUUGGUCAGAGCUGAGAGCUAUGGGAAUAGGCUGGUGGGUACGAAAUACCAACACACUGCGAAGAUGCAUAGAAAAGGUAGCAAAAGCAGCAUUCCAGAGAAAUAAUGAUCCCUUGGAUGCAGCUAUUUAUUAUCUCGCUAUGAAAAAGAAGGCUGUGGUUUGGGGUCUUUACAGGGCUCAGAGGGACUCAAAGAUGACUCCAUUUUUCAACAACAACUUCAGUGAAGACAGGUGGAGGAAGGCAGCACUAAAGAAUGCCUUUGCACUGUUGGGAAAGCAGCGCUUUGAGCACUCUGCAGCUUUCUUCCUUCUGGCUGGUUCCUUAAAGGAUGCAGUUGAGGUUUGCCUUGAGAAAAUGAAUGAUAUUCAGCUGGCUCUGGUGAUAUCAAGGUUGUAUGAGUCUGAAUUUGAGGUGUCCUCCACAUACAAGAAUAUACUGCAGAAACGGAUCUUGGGAUAUGAUUCUCAUGAGAGAACAUUCACCCUCUCCCAGAUGCACCAGGACCCUUUUUUCCGCAGCAUGGCUUACUGGAUACUGGAGGAUUAUAGCAAGGCUCUUGAUACUCUACUGGAGCAACCUGUAAGAGAGGAAGAUGAUGCAGGACCCACUGGUGUUGGUGCCAUGUCCUCCUCUUGUAACCCCAUGGUGUUCAACUUUUACAAUUACUUACGGACCCACCCUCUUCUACUGCGUCGCCAUUUUGCUUCUUCAGAAAAGCCUUCUACCAAGAUGGGGCUAACUGCUGAAAACAGCUUUGCAGAUACAAUCAACUUGGUUGAGAGGAGGUUGUUCUUUACAGCCGCACACGCUCACUUUAAAGCAGGAUGCCCUAUGCUGGCACUAGAGGUCUUGUCUAAGAUGCCAAAGGUGGUCAAGAAAUCCAAACCGCUGCUGAGUAAAGAAAGUUCCACCCACUCUGAGAGCACCAAAGACUCUUUGCUCUCAGCAGAAAUAAAACAGGAAAAAGACUCUGAUUGUGAUUGGUCUCAGACAGUGGUAAAUGGUUUUGGAUCAGUUUCUCAUUGCUUGACAAAUGGCCAGUCAGAAUCUGUUCUCAGUUUGGAUUGGAGCCAGUCUUCUUUGAUUAUUCAGGAUGAAGCUUUGGAUUUAAAUUGGGACAGUGAUAAGGAACAGGAGACUGAUGACGAAGAAUCUGGCUUGUCAAUGAAAGACAUCAAAACUGAAAAUAACAACAUAAUCAUGAAAGGGGAACUGGACAAUAGUUCUGCCUACACAGAUUCUAGCACAGUUGGUGAGGUUGACGUUAUAACACCUUCAGAAGACACUAUAGCUGCCCAGUUGAAAUUUAGUGCAUGUCUUAAGAUCCUUACCACAGAGCUCCGAACAUUAUCCACUGGCUACGAGGUUGAUGGCGGUAAGCUUAGGUACCAACUAUACCACUGGUUAGAGAGGGAGGUUGUGGCCUUGCAAAAGGCUUGUGAUUACAACCCUGAUUUGGAGGAUCUUGAAGAAGGGAUAGCUGGAAAUGCUGAUGAAACUGACACAGAACAGUCAGCAGAGGAUCUUGUUCACCAACAGAGAGCCGUACAGCAAAAGGAGUAUCUUCAAAAAAGGAGACUGUGGCUUCUUAAGAACCAGCCUCUCUUUAGGAUGUUUCUCAGCUACUGCAGUCUCCAUGGGUCUCAUGGUGGAGGGCUUGGAUCAGUCAGAAUGGAAUUAAUUCUGCUUUUACAAGAGUCCCAGCAGGAAAGCGCAACACAAACUGCCCUUAACCCUAUACAUCACCAAACAUCUAUACCUCUACUAUUAGCAUGUACUGCCAGUGCAAAAACAGUUGUUGCCAAUCCUGUAGUAUACCUGACCAACCUCACUCACGACAUACUACAUACGAUAAUAGACCUGGACUCUCCACCACAUCCAGACAUUCAAAAUAACAAGAUCUAUGUAAUGCACACCUUAGCAGCAUCACUUUCUGCCUGUAUCUACCAGUGUCUUUGUAAUAGCCAAAGCUACAGUGCCUCACAUGCAAACCAGUUCACAGGAAUCAUCUACCAGAGCUUUCUGCUGACACAUCAGCAUCCUAUGAGAACAAUGAGUUUGGAUGAGACUGUAACACCCAAUACAUCCCCAGCCCAGUGGCCAGGUAUUGUGGCUCUGAUUCGUCUUCUAAAUUCUUCUGGAGAGGAAGACCAGCCUGGAUUAACUGUUUUGCUUUGUGAGAUUUUAACAGCAGUUUUUCUGAGUCUCUUUGUCCAUGGGCUUGCAACACAUUCCAGCAAUGAGCUCUUUCGCAUUGUAGCCCAUCCACUCAACAGCAAGAUGUGGGCUGCAGUGUUUGGGGGUGGAGCCCGGAUUCCUGUGAAGGAACAGAGCCCGAAAAAGCCUGUUACAGAAGAAGUAGACAGUGAAGUUGCCUGGGAUCUCUCUCAGACUGAUAUAGCACAGGGUUUUGGAGAUGCUGUCACUACUGUUAGUGAUGAAUCGGAGAAGCACCACAAGCGUUUCAAGCUCUUGUCAACAAAAGGGGCAAGCAGAGAAAGUCUACAGAGCCCAACCUCGCCAGUUGUGAACCAGGAAAUGCCUGUUUUCAGAGAGAAAUUCAUUCCACCUGAACUUAGUAUCUGGGACUUCUUCAUAGCAAAGCCUUUUCUUCCACCAUCGGAAAGCAGGGUGGAGUAUGACUCGGAGGAGAGCCAAGGUAGUGACGAUGAAGAUGAUGAUGAAGAAGAAGAUGUUUAUGUUUCAGAAACCCAGCUUCAAGAACAUUCCAAUCCCAACUCAUAUAGCUGGUCACUUAUGCGUUUGGCCAUGGUGCAAAUGGUUCUUUACAACCUGAAGACUUUCUACCCUAUAGCAGGACAUGAUCUUUCAGAGCUGCCAGUUGGCUCCCCACUUUGCCAUUCAAUUCUGAAGACACUGCAGAGGUGGGAGCAAGUGCUUCUUAAGAGGUUGGAGAUUUUUGGUGGCCCACCCUCCAAAUUCAUCUCAUCACACACUCUUGAAGAUACAGUAUCAUCUGGCCCUGCCAUCCUCCGCCACAAAGCACUGUUGGAGCCCACUAACACUCCUUUCCAGUCAAAGCAACGCUCUGCACUCCCGGUGAAAAGGCUUUGGCAAUACCUGGUGAAGCAGGACGAGGUGCAGGAGACCUUCAUUCGAAACAUAUUUACCAAGAAAAGGGGUCAAAAUGAGUUGAUAGAGGACCACAAUGAGAAUGCCAAAAAUACUGUGAUGGAGGAACUUAACAUCAAUAAGAUAGAAGCAGAUCUUGGAUAUCCUGGUGGAAAGGCAAGAAUUAUCCAUAAAGAGUCAGACAUCAUUACAGCAUUUGCUAUUAAUAAGGCUAACCGCAAUUGCAUAGCAAUAGCUUCCACUCAUGACAUUCAGGAGCUGGAUGUGUCUGCAAUCCUCGCAACUCAGAUAUUGACGUGGGUUGACGAUGAGGUGGAAUUGGAAAAUAAAGGCAGUGAGGAUUUCUUGAUGAUUCAUGCACGUGAUGAUUUCAGCUGUAUCCAAGGUACUACCCCAUAUACACACAGCAGUCCUGGAACACCCAUCAAUAUGCCCUGGCUUGGCAGCAUGCAGACUGGCAGAGGAGCAUCUGUGGAAUAUUCAGCUAAAUUAAAUGGGAUCAGAAAGGAUUUGACAAAGAAGGAGAUGAUCAAAAGGAAUAUAAACAAUGCAAGAAGGAUGGCCUCUCAUCCAACAUUACCGUACUAUCUCACAGGUGCACAAGAUGGCAGUGUUCGGAUGUUUGAGUGGGGUCACUCGCAACAGAUCAUUUGCUUUCGACCUCCAGGAAAUUCAAGGGUCACAAGGAUACGGUUUAAUUAUCAGGGUAACAAGUUUGGCAUUGUUGAUGCUGAUGGGUGUUUGAGCUUUUGGCAGACCAACACAAUAGGAAACACACCAAAACCAUAUCUGACCUUGCAGUGUCAUAACAAAACAGCCAAUGACUUUGUUUUUGUGGGUUCAUCCUCCUUAAUAGCAACUGCAGGACAAUCUAGUGAUAACAGAAAUGUAUGUCUGUGGGAUACUCUGGUGACACCAGCCAACAGUCUGGUACACGCGUUUACCUGCCAUGAUAGUGGGGCCACAGUGCUAACCUAUGCUCCAAAGCACCAGUUGUUAAUCUCUGGUGGAAGAAAGGGUUUCAUCUGUGUAUUUGAUCUCCAUCAGAGGCAGCAGAGGCAGAUUUUUCAGGCCCAUGACUCUCCUGUUAAAGCUGUUGCUGUAGAUCCAACAGAGGAGUACUUUAUUACUGGUUCUGCAGAGGGGAGCAUGAAGGUAUGGAGCUUAUCCACCCACAGUCUGAUUCACACUUUCGUCAAUGAGCAUGCUCGGCAGUCCAUCUUUAGAAACAUAGGAACUGGGGUAAUGCAGAUAGAGGCUGGCCUUGCAAACCACAUCUUCUCUUGCGGAGCAGACGGCACAAUGAAGAUGAGGAUUCUGCCAGACCGCUUUAGCACAAUGAAUGGUGUCUGGAAAAAUGAUGUGAAAUGUAUAAUCUAAUUAUGCAUAAUGCUCUCUGUAAUAUAUUAAAGAGAAAUCUGAUCUUCGUAGUAUGCACACAUGUAAUGUGUUUUAUUAUGUACCAUACACUUGUGCCACAUAAUUAAGAAACAUUUAAAGCUAAAGUUUAGUUUGAAGUAAGGUGUUUUGUCCUUAAAACACUGAUGCCUUAAGAUGAUUGUUAAGGGUACAUUUGAUUAUAAGACUAGUACAGCUCUAAAAAAACAACACAAAACUUGCAAAUAAAAUGUUUUUGCUGCUGACUUUUUAUGUUUAAUGGUGUCAAGGAAUAUGCACAUUGAUUAUAAAUAUAUUUUUAAUUAGAAAGUGUAAAAAUAACUUGUGUAAUAUAUGUACUAUUAUAAGAUUCAGUUUUAUUUGACAGUUUUACAGUCUUACUUUGAAGAACGUACUGAAAUUAUUACACCUUUUGAGCUUGCCAUUUUAAUUUGUAAAAAACAGCCCACAAAAUGCAAUGAUACAAAACUAACAUAAAACAACAUUUGUUUAUUCUUCUAGUCUACGGGUCCAGUUUCCAGAACAGUUUUGUUCACUUCUGGCUGAGAAUAUACUUUGUUUUGACCUUGUGCUGUUUGAAUGCUUACAGCUAUUUUAUAUAGGGUGUAUAUCAGCCAACUGACAAAGGUGUGUAGAGAAGUAUGUUUGAAUGUUUGGGGAAAUGGAAAAAUAAACCUCCUAUAAGUAUAUAUCUCCUUAUUAGAUACCUUAUUAGUAUGUUCAUCAUGAUGGUAGGCAGUCGCAAGAUGAUGUUGAGUGGUUUUUAAAAAUAUUUCAAUCAUGUAUUUGUUUAUUGUUUUGUUUUAAUUUAUUUUCUAACGUGAGACAUUGUAUCAGAAAGCCUGAAGAUUAAGUCCAAGGCCUUUAAACUGACAGGAAAUGACAAUGAUUCUUGAGCACGUUUCUGAGCAAAGUCCAUUGAGAUGAUGUAUUAAAUCUCCACAGCACAUUCAAUAUAAUUAUAAACAGAUAUAUACAGUAUAUAACACUGUAAAACGUCUUUGUCUUGGAUACUUAUAUUAGUUUUAAUUAGGAAAGUGACAUUGGUUUUCUGUACAAACAGUCAGCUUGUAAUGUAAGUUUUGGCAAGUGCUACAAGCAAUGAUUUUGCUUUUUGUUUUGUUUAUUGAGAGUUUUGACCAACACAGCUUUCAUUUAGAUUUCUUACUACAUUAGAUAUAUUUUCCUUCAUUUAUUUCAAUAAUUCAUAAUUCAGUGUUGCUAGUAUUUUUUAUGAUCAAAGUGGGCUAUCUUCAGUUUUUAGACCUCGCUAGGGAUUUAUCUUGCCUGUGAUAGGUAUAUAGUAGAGUAGGACAUACUGUACAACUCUACUUACAGUAUGUCACAAUUUAGACUUGUACUGAAUACAUAUACCUAGAAACCGCUAAUCCAAUUGGGAUGAACCAGUGUAAAAUACAAAGACAUUAACAACACAUUGAAUAAUUUAAUAGUCACUUUAUUAUACAACAAAUUUAACAUUUUUUUGUCAUUUUGAUUAAUGGAAAUACUUGGUGAGGUUUGUUUUUAUUGAAGGAGUAACUGUUUGAUUUACAAUAUUUAGAAAACAAAGCUACAGGUGUUUAUUAAAUAUGUGAAUGGCUUGCUGCAUUGAAAGUACGUUUUAUGUAAGCAGUCUCAGGCUGUUGCUUUUUUUUUUUACUAAAUCAUUUGAGUUAAAUACAUUUUGUAAAUUCAUCACUAGAAUACAAAUUGUAUUUGUAUAUGUAAAGACUACACUAUAAAUGAGGAAAAAGUUUGUACAUGAAUAAUAUAUUGAACCUAGACAAGCAUUUAUUCAAAUGUGUAAGAUAGGGUUACAAUAUUUAAAUGUUGAAAAUGAGUCGUCUGAAAGAAUAAUUCUUGUAGUAAACUGCAUUUAAAAUAGAGAUUGAAGAAUAUUUUGACCUUGUAAAUACAUAACUCUUGAACAGAAUAUAUUUGCUGUGAGCCUGCUUUCUGCAUUCUAAAUAAUGUGUAUAAACAUACAAUAUAGAUCAUUCAAAAGGGGGGGGCGGGGGUGUAGUAUAAAAUAUAAAGUAACUUUGUGCUGAUAUUUACCUUAUGAAAUGCAACUGAUAAUGCUUUUUAAUCACAAGUACGAAUUUUCAUUUUAAAAAGUAUCAUCUUGUAAAUGAUAUUGUAAGUGAUUGGUGUUCAAAAAUCAAGAUCACAUUCAUUUAAAUAAAAAAAAUACAAAAGUUGUUUUACAUUUA